GGACAAAUUAUUGAUGUUUGCAGUAAACUGUACAGCCAUAAAUUAAGAUAUUGAACUGAAUUUUAACUUUUAUUGAAUGAUAUUGGUUGCACAGAGCAUAUUUUUAUAUGUGUUGUCGUCGAUGUUUUUGCAUUUCUUGUGUGUUGGAUAAAUGUUGUAUAUCCAACUUUGAAUUUUAAAGGCCAUUUUCCUAGAAUAAGAUUUACGUACCGUUUUCGUGUUAAUUUAACUUUAUCAAAAAUACAUAGCGAUGACACGCCACGCAAGAAAUUGCACAGCAGGAGCAGUUUAUACUUACCACGAAAAGAAGAAAGAUGCUGCAGCAUCAGGGUAUGGUACUCAAAGUGAAAGAGUUGGCAAGGACUCGGUUAAAAGUUUCGAUUGUUGCAGUCUUACCCUACAACCUUGUAGAAAUCCAGUCGUAACUAAAGACGGAUAUUUAUUCGAUAAAGAAGCUAUUCUUCAAUAUAUUAUAACUAAGAAAAACGAGUAUACACGUAAGUUAAAACAGUACGAGAAACAAUUAAAGAAGGAGGAUGCAGAAAAAAAAGAGCUCGCAGAGGCGGAAAAAGAGGCAAAUCUAAUUAAAUUCAUGAACAGAGAGAAGAACAUAACUAAUGGAUCAAAAUCAGAAGGCCAGUCGUCCAGUUCAAUUUCCAAUCUUGCCAAUGGCAAGAAUAAGCAGCUGCCAAGUUUCUGGGUGCCCUCACAGUUGCCUGAUGCAAAAAUCUCAAAAUUAAAAAAACCAGACCCAACUGUAUACUGUCCGUUAAGUGAAAAGCCUUUAAAAAUGAAGGAUCUUAUUGAAGUUAAGUGGACAUUGGUCAAUGAUCCAGAUGAUAAGAAGUCUCUUAUUGCAAAGGAGAAUAGAUAUAUGUGUCCUGUUACACAUGACAUAUUGAGUAAUGCCGUACCAUGUGCUGUAAUCAGAACAACAGGGCAUGUGGUCACAAUGGAAUGUGUGGAAAAAAUAAUCAAGAAAGACUGGUUACAUCCUUUGACUGGGGAUAAGUUGAAAGAAAAGGACAUCAUUCCUUUACAGAGGGGAGGCACAGGAUAUGCACUCACUAAUCAGGGCCUCGAAGCUAAAAAUGAAAGGCCAGUGCUACAGGCUUAGUUUUGUGUUGUGUUACUUUAGUAACAUUUGAUGUUUAUAGUGGUGAUUUUAAGAUAAACUGUAAUUUAAAUUUCAAUAAAAACACAAAUACUUAAAAA